GGUGCCUGCAUUAAAUGACAGGGGAGAUAUGUUACAAAUCAUUAAUCAGUCCUGGAAACAUGAGAAUCUACGGCAAUGUGGGCCUCUAAUUUUGGACUACUUUUUGUGGUUUGGUAAAAAAUUAGGGGAUUCUUCAGGUUUAGGGCUACGAGAUAUUCUAGCCUGGGUCAGCUUUGGAAACGACUCAUACGCUAAAGGUCUUAGUGUACCUCAAGUCUUCCAUCAUGGAGGGCAGAUGGUUUUAAUCGACGGUCUUGAAUCUCUCCCACAAGUAGCAGGGAUGUCUAGCAACUCCAUUGAAACCCUUCGCAAAGACUGUCUGGCGCAGCUCGAUACACUGGCUGCGAGCCUUGGGAUGGAUUACCUUGUUUCGAGAAAUCUUGAGGUUAAAAUCACCCAGGAUGCGGUUUCCAUCGCUGGCUUCCUUAUUCCUCGAGGAUCCAUGCUUUCAAAGUCUACAAACUUCCGUUUUGAAGCGCCGACCACAGCCCUCAACACCAUGCGCCUAGUCCGCGGCUGUCAGCUUCCCAAAGCUAUCUUGCUGGAAGGCAGUCCCGGUGUUGGUAAGACAAGUUUGGUAUCGGCACUUGCUGGUGUCGCUGGUUAUCAUCUUCACCGUAUCAAUCUGUCUGAUCAGACUGAUCUCAUUGACCUUUUCGGUUCCGAUCUUCCUGUUGAAGGAGGAAAACCUGGUGAAUUCCAGUGGCGGGACGCGGCAUUCCUCGAGGCAAUGCAAAAGGGAGAAUGGGUGCUCCUAGAUGAAAUGAACCUUGCUUCCCAGACAGUUCUCGAAGGUCUUAAUGCCGUACUCGACCAUCGAGGUACUGUUUAUAUCCCUGAGUUGGGCAGAUCUUUUAGUCGCCACCCAGAUUUCCGGGUAUUUGCUGCCCAGAAUCCUUUGCAACAAGGUGGCGGGCGUAAAGGGUUGCCGAAAUCUUUUCUCAACCGUUUCACCAAAGUCUAUCUUCAAGAGCAUACUGCUCAGGAUCUUAUGAUAAUCUGCCGCAAUCUCCUUCCUAUGCCUACCAACAUUAUUGAGAAGAUGAUCUCAUUCAAUGACACUAUGCGUAUCCAAACAAUGAUUACUCGAGUGAUCGGUCGCGAAGGGAGUCCUUGGGAAUUCAAUCUGCGGGAUUUGUUCAGAUGGUUCAGCUUGCUCUCUCAAAAAAAUGGUUUAGAGAGAACCGACCAUCCAGCGGAAUUUUUCCAGAUGGUCUAUCGACAACGUUUCCGUAAUGAACGUGAUCGUCAAGCUGUUACCGAUAUUUUCCACUCAGUAUUUGGUCACGAGGUCGAUUCAACACGUCCUUUUUUUUCAAUUUCUCCCUCAUGGAUGCAAGUUGGCCACUCCAUUGUCUCUCGAGGCAGUAAUCCAUCAGUCGACGUUACUCUCCCACAUCACCACCUCGAUAUUGCUGAAUCUAUUUUGAAGGGUAUCGAAUUGGGUUGGCUGGUCAUCUUAGCGGGUGAUAGCGGUGCGGGGAAGCGCGGUCUUAUUCGUGGGCUUGCCAAGGGUGCCGGCAGAUUAUUGGGCGAAUUCGCUAUGCACCCAGGCGUUGAUACAUCGGAGAUUCUUGGUAGCUUCGAACAACAAGACGUCAGUCGACUUUUGAAUUCCGUGUUCGGCAACGUUUCAGACCUCAUUACUCAGGUCUCAGACGCUCAGCCGGCCAUAUUGCGUCGCCUUGAAGAUCUCGCCGUCAUCAGAGAGCAAUGCCAGGCAUCUUUCAAUGUGGAAACCCUCGAUGCGUUUAGCACACUCUCUCAGGCAAUUCUCUCAGAAUUGUCCUCUUUCAUCGACGUGAGCUUAGCGCGGCAGUCUUUAGAUAGCCUCAUAAAGGUCGGACCCAACGCAAUGGGCUUUGCAUGGGUUGACGGUGAACUCAUUCAUGCGAUCAAAAAUGGCGGGUGGUACCUUAUUUCCGACGCCAACCUUUGCAGUGCAUCUGUCCUUGACAGAUUAAACAGUCUCUGCGAAAGCAAUGGAGUGCUAGUUUUGAGCGAAAAGGGAUCGUCUACCGGUAGCCCUGAAGUCCUUCGGCCACAUCAAGAUUUCCGGCUUUUUAUGACUUACGACCCACAUUAUGGAGAGUUGUCAAGGGCCAUGAGGAACCGAGGGUUAGAGUUGUUCCUUGAUGGGAAAGGAAUGUCCAAAUCUGUAAAAAGGCAGCCUUUGAUUUUGGCAGAUGAUUCUGUCCUACGCGAACUGACUGUUCUUCAGUCGACUGUGAAAAACGAAAGCGAAGGUUAUCCUAUCUCAUCGGCUGUCGCUAGCAGCAUAUCUUUACAAAGCCAAGGUGGACUUGCUUACCUCCCACGAUUCAGCCACACUCUUACAGGCUCCGUUGGUGAAGGGUACUCUGUACUGUCGCAAUAUUUUUCCUAUCAGCGACUGGAUGAAAUUUGCAGGAGUCAUGCUGUGGAAGCUUGUUCAUUGCAGCGCUUAGACUUGGGCUUUGUCGGAGCUAUGCCUGUUGAUCUUACACUGAAUCCUAACAUCCGCGCCGUCUCUCAACGACGGGGAGCUAUCAAUACAGUCUUGCAAACCAUUUUGCGUGGUGCCAUUCAGCUUAGACACCUUCAAUCCUGGAUAGCCGAUCCAGCUCAUGCGAAGACAAUCCUUGCCUUGUCUGCUGUUUCGAGUAGGCGAGGACCUUCCAGGCCAAAAGUGCAAGCUGGUGGCGAUGUCUAUCCUUUCAUUAUAUCAUUCCUCGAGAUCGUCCAGACUCGUCUUGCUUCGCUCGUUUCAGAAUCGCCCCAUUUAUUGCAACGCCUUGAUCGGGUCUUUGUCUACGUGCUUCUCAUGAUUAGUCACGCCAAAUCGUCUGUCUUUGAUUACUCAUCUACGAAGCUUCUUGCUCGCUGGAUCGAACAAGACACUGAGGGUAUCACAUCACUUUGUCCAGUUUUGGACAAGCUGCAGAACUUGGCGAAAACAGUGCAGCUUACAACAGGCUUGGGUCAGACAGAGAUAUGGUCACUUUUCAGAGAAACGUGUGACCAAGGAAGCAGUGAAGAUUUGGUAAAGCUGACUUCGUUGGCAGACGACGUGUAUGAUCCUCAUAUGAAAUAUUCAAUCCUUCAGGCUUUCGCUACUCUCGGUGAUACACCGCGAGAAAGUACGAUAAUCCAGGAGCUCACGUCCUUGUUGACAACGUCGAGAAAGGAGAUGAAAGAAAAGGUCAGCGGACGAUGGACAAAUUGGCCCAUCACGGACAGUCUGAAACUUCAAGCCCUUUGUAAUAAAAACUCCCAAGAUGUCUUGAAAAUACUGCUUGAGGACAUAAGUGUCAAAGUGUCGUCCUUGUUGCCCUUGCAGAACAGCUUAGGCCCCACUCACUCGCCUGCAGCAUUAUUUGAGGCGCUCUCAGGCUGGAUGAAAGGGAUUUGGGACCAUUCAGACUGCAGUGAAGGUAUCCUCUCUGGCCCAGCGGAUUUGUUCAAACCCGCACGUUUAUCAUCUACAUUGCGCUUUGGCCUUGUUGAAACCGUUACCAUGGCAGAGAUACCGGAUCAGGAUCAAGCUUUGAAUUUUUCUGUCAAGACUAUCUUGUUUGACGCAGAAAACAAGGAUUCUCGUAGAAAGAAUACUCUCGAUCUUGCUGUGCACUGUUUAAGCCUUAUUUUAUCUGCUUUCGGUGUCCCCUGCUUGGCGACGCAGGUUACCCCGACCUCAAUGGCUUCUGUUGAAGAUGCCCUCGAUAAAUCUAUCGAUAAUCCAGCUAUUCAUUUCUUGCACCAAUCAUAUCACAAAUGGAUUACGCCUGCAUUCUCAGAGGCGAGUCUUCGGCCUCAUGAUUUAACCAACAUAGGCCAAGUAUGGUUAGCUCUAUCCCGGUUUCUCCUGGAUUUGUACGUUACAAACAUUCCAAUCGAUCCUGGUGUUCGCCGUGGCUUGCAAGGUGAAGUAAUCGCUGAGCAUCUGGCGUUGGUAAAAGAAGAGCUGGCAGCCCUGACGGCUAAAGAGAUGGUUUUGAAAGGCAAAAUUGACUCCAAGCUUGUGGCCGACCUUAUGGGCCGUGCUUCAGUUCUCGAGAAGGAGGAGGAAUCCCUCGGACCAAAUCUUAAACGUGCUUCUGAUGUCUUGAAGCUUUCUUACCUCUUCAAUGAGGUACAUGCUUUCCUUUCCGACCUGUAUGACAGGAAACAUAUGUGUUCUUUGAUCUCUGCUUUGCAAGAUACUCACAUACAAGCUAUGUCACGGGAAAGAGAUUUCCAGCUGGGUUCUUCCGCUUUUAUUCAACGCCUCUCAACAACCUAUUCAGAGAUGUCCGACCUCGUCCAUCCUGUGGUCACUGCCGUUCUUUUCGGCAAGUUUGGUUUGCGGCUAAUUGCAAGAGACGUUCAGCUUCGCGGUAGCCGUCCGGACUCUACUGUGCCUCUCGCCGUUACGUUCCCUCUCGCGCGCGGCGUGAAACAACUUCAGAAGCUUUCUGUUGACUCGCCUGUCGAUCAAGCAACCGGCGUACCAACCGAGUUGCUUGCCGCGUCAGCAUACUUGUAUGAGUUGAACACGACGCAAAGCAGGAUCUAUUGUGUCCCACGUUUAGCUCAAAGACUUGAUCGUCUCUACCAAAUUUGGAGUGCAAUCCGUUUGCGAGAGCAACAGGAAGCUCAAGAUGCGGAGAGUCUCUAUAAAGUAAAGAAGACUGAUAUCGAAGUCUUAUCGGACGAAGAGCAAGAAGCCAAGGAAUUCGCUGAGCUCUUCCCCCAGUAUGAGGAUGCCGGAGCAGAAGACGCCUUGCCAAAACAGAAAGAGCUUCAUCUUAACAAAGAGAAUCAGAAAGGCUUCCAACCAUCUCAUGUUGCUUCUUUCAAUGCCCUGAUCAGGCAAGUCUUCGGACAAAGUUCGUCAACGUCAAGCUCUCUGCUCAAGCAAAUGAUUGAUGAAACUCUUCAUACCAAUUUCAACCCCGUUGCUCUCGAUGAGCGCCUUGACGCCUCUAGUUUGGCUUUCCAAAUCUCCACGUUGCAUCGACGUUUGGCGGAUGUCAGAACGUCACCUUCGCAACCCAACUUCUAUCUUUCCCCCAACGAACCCGAGGCCCGUAAAGCCCACAAUAUUGUUGUUCGCUUGUUAAAGCGUCUGCGUAUUCUUAUCGACGAAUGGCCAGAACAAAUGGUCUUGGUCCAUAUUCGUGACCGCUGUGAACGCAUUCUUACUCUCGAUACUCGCAGCCCUGUCGCCAAAAUACUUAUUGCAAUGGAGCAACUUCUCAUUCACACCGAAGACUGGGAAGCGUAUGCUAACCGAGAAAAUUCAUUGUCCACCUUCAGAGAUGAGACUUCAAAGCUCAUUAUCGAAUGGAGAAAGUUAGAGUUGGUCUCGUGGACAAGACUGCUGGAUGAUCAGGCUGAGCAUUAUGCGUCAGAGGACAAUGAGUGGACCCUUCGGUUGUAUGGUGCCCUCAUCCAUGGGCCUAUAGGCAGCAACGACGCCGGAAAGCACAUAGAAGAAGUACUGCCAAUGGUGUCCACAUACAUCAACAGCAGCACAUACGGUCUUUUCACUCCUCGCUUGGACCUCCUAUCUUGUUUCCAACGCAUGGCUUCUGAACUAUCGAUCCACCAUGCUGUUCUUGGCAAGGUUGCGACUAUGUUGCACAAUGUGAUUGCAAACGCUCGCCUUUUCGAGUCUAGAAUAUCAGAUGCCAUGGCCAGCCAGCGUGCUGUCAUUGACAAGGCCGUCAAGGACUUCGUGAAGUUAGCAAGCUGGAAGGACGUCAACGUCUUUGCUCUCAAAGCAAGUGCGCAAAAAUCUCACAAGGCUUUGCAUCGCAGCAUUCGCAAGUUCAGGGACGUCCUUCGACAACCUAUAGCACCAUUAAUGAGCGAAUUGAACCGGAUCGUGCCUCAAGAAACUCCUGUUUCGUCAGAGCCGCCGCCUCCAUUCUUCAUCAGUAUCACUACUUUAACCUCAAGCUCAUUGAAGGACAGGGAAGAGGCCAGUCCUGAUGUUCCUGAUGUCCUUGUACGGUUAGAAGAGACCCUUGAUCGCUAUGGUCAAGUUCACCUCAAGCUUCGCGAUACCAUUACCGGUGCUACGGCGUCUCUAGUCGAUUCGAUGGCCGUUGACAUUAUCGAGACUGCUAGCUCACUUGCCAAGCAGACUCCUUCAGCCCUUACCAAAGAGAAUGAAAAGGUCGUCAAUAAUUUGGCCAGCCGCAAGCGGAAGGCCUAUGCUGACAUGCUGAAAGCUCUGCGCGCUUCCGGAUUCUCACAGAACGUUCGUGCCGAUCAAAUGAGUCGUCAGCAAUCGAGUGCGUGGUUAGCGACUCAGCUUCCUGUAUCAAUUGAAUGUAUGCCUUCAUCAUUUGAUACUACUGGAGCUGCAAAAGUGGAAAACUACCAUCAUCGGUUGGAAAUUUUGAUGUCCGCCAUGAGGGCCGCCUUCAACGGUCACAACCCAGAUAUUGCAUCGCAAGAUCUGCAGCGAGGUAUUGGUUUUGUGGAGUCAAUUUACGCUUCUUCGUUGAAUGAACGCGCUCGAAUUGUCAGCCAUAUUACUCCCCUGUCGAAGCUGUACGCCAUUCUUGAAAGAUUAAAUAUUUGCGCGAGAUCGACUUCCGUUAUUGGUGGGCAAUCUGUUCUGAAUGCUCUGCAAAUCACUGAAUCCUGGGCGUGCCAAAUCGACGGUGCGCUUCGAGAGAUUGAAGACGGUGUGCGCCAAUUUCGAGGAUUGCAAGGCCGCCAGUGUCUGCCAGAUGACCUUAUCUCCGUGCGUGAGUUAAGACAGGAGUCAAGUCUACUUAUUCGGGCCUUGGCGACGACCCUAGAAUCCGUCGGAAGGUCAGAAUGUCUAUUAUUCACUAAUGAGGAGUAUACCUUGUUGAAGACGGCUUCACGCAUUCGCAUUAAACUUCUCGAUCGCUUCCAAUCCCAAGCCUCGUCACAACCUGAAUUUAAGCAUCUUUUCGAUCCAGUAGUUGAUAUGGUUCAACAAACUUCCGAGCCGUCAGUUUCUUACAGUAUCUCAGGCGAUAUGGGCCCAUUAUGGAUUAAGAGCGACGAAGUCGUACAGGCAUUACUGGUGGUUGCCCAACAGAUGAAGUCCAAUGUCAUCACCGACGUAAAUGCCGACGAAUAUCCCCAUAUUCCGACGGAUUUCAAGCAACAGAAUGUCAUGAUCACGUCUUUACGCAUCGUCGAUGUUAUCGAACGUCUUUCUUCUUUCACCACCGCACUCGCCUCCACGACUUCACCUUUUGUUCCUAAUUGCCUUUCUCGAAUUGUUCCUUUCCUCGAAAUCUUCAUCCAAACUUACAUUCAGUCCAUCAGUGCGCAUAUCCACACGGUCAAAGCGACAUAUAAGUUGUGCUACGUUGUUGGGCGGGUUGUGCUCGACCUUUCUCAAAAAGGUUUCUGCAAACCACAAGAAGAAGGUGACAGCGGUGAAGGAGAGGAUGGAGAUAUGGUUGAGGGUACUGGAAUGGGUGCCGGUACGGGUGAAAAGAAUGUAAGCCAGGAGAUCAAGGAGGAGUCUCAAGUGGAGGGUCUUCAGGGUGAAGAGGAAGAAGAGCAGGAAGAACAAGGUGGCGAAGAAGAUGAUGCUUUCAGUAUGGACGAAGAUUUCAAGGGUGAGAUGGGUGAAGGUAAAGAAAAGGAGGAAGGAAGUGGCGAUGAAGAAGAGGAGGAAGAAGAUCAUGACGAGCACGUCGGGGACGUGGACCCCUUAGACCCUGGAGCAGUCGAUGAGAAGUUCUGGGGAGAGGAACAAAAGGAGGAAGAAAAGAAGGAGAGUGAUGAGCUGAUGGACCAACAGACCCAAGACCGAGAAGGAGAGUCUGAAAUGACAGGGAAGGAAGACGAGAAAAAGGAAAAGAAGGACAAUGAGAAACAGAAGCAAGGAGAGGAAGCGCAAGAGGAAGACCAGAGCGGGCAAAAGCAAGAUGAAGGUGGAGAAGAAGGGAAAGAGGGGGAAGAGCUCGAGGAUGAAGAAGUCAUGGGUGAAGAACGCAAUGAAGAAGGGGAGGAGCAACCCGUUGGUCAGGAUCAGCAAGAAGCCUCAGUGCCAGAAGGCGAUACACUUGACUUGCCUGAAGACCUAAACCUCGACGACGACGGUCUAGAAGACGGUCAAGACCAAGAGGAAAUUCUUGAUGAUGAUAUGGGCAUGUCAAUCGAUGGCGAUGAGGAGAAUGACGAAGACAGGGAAGGAGAGGAAAUCGAUAGAACGAAUGAGGAUGAAGGAGAAGAGGUCGAAGAAGCUCCUGCCGCAACUGCUCAUGGUGAAGAUGAGACAGAGGAGGAAGCACAGAUGGGCCAAGACGCCGACCUUUCAGCUGCCAACGAACAGGCCCAAGAGUCUGAAGUUGGUAAAGGUGUUGGCGGUGGUUUAGAAGGGGACAGUGAUAGACAGAAAGAGGAGAAGAAGGAGGAAGAAGGAGAAACAGAGGAGAUCGGGGCAGAUGCGCAAGGCCAGGACGGAGCUGCUCCCCAAUCUCAACAGCAGCAGACCUCCACUUCUGAUCAGCAACAAGCUGACGGACCUGUGGAUUCUGCUGGCGCCCCUCUUCCUAGCGAUAAUCAAUCUCAACCACAGUUGUCACGUAGUCUUGGCGAUAUCCUUCAGGAAAUCCGACGUCGACAUGACGAGAUCCUUUCUCAACAAGAACGAGAAGAGCAACCCUCAGACAACCAACGGGCUCCCGAAGAAACUUCUGGUCAAGUUGAAUACGUCAAAGAGGAUGAAGCGAAGGAAGACGACCAGCAGGCCCUUGGUAAAGCCGGCGAUGAAGAGAGACAGAAGCUGGAAGAUUUGAAGAUCGUGGAUGAGGAAGAGACAGGAGAGGAAAGACAAGCGAUGGAAGAUGGUCCCGAAGAGAAGGACGUCGAAACAGAAGCCAGAGACCACAAGCCGGCAGAUUCCAGCCACCAGACUCGAGGGGAAUCUGAUAAUGAGAAGGAACAGACUGAAAAGGCUUUGACUCAGGCAGACAUUAGUGGCAAGCCUGCUGGCGAAGUUGUAGACGACGGAAUGGACGUCGAUGAAGAAGUCGAGGGGGGUGUUGAGCGAGGAGAGAUACCCGCCGAUGACAAUGUCGAUGAGCCUGAUCUCAAUAUUCUCGACCCUGCUCCCAUUACCAAUGAAGUGGCUGCUGCUGAAGAUCUUUGGCGUCGUUACGCUACUAUGACGAGCGACCUAUCGUAUGCUCUUUGCGAACAGCUCCGUCUCAUUCUCGAACCCACACUUGCCACUCGUCUUCAAGGUGACUUUCGAACAGGCAAGCGCCUCAAUAUGCGCAAGAUCAUCCCGUAUAUCGCAUCCGAGUACACCAAGGACAAGAUCUGGCUUCGUCGCACAAAGCCCUCACGUCGAGAGUAUCAAGUCCUUCUCAGUCUUGACGACUCUCGAUCAAUGUCCGAAUCUCAUUCUGUCGAUCUCGCUUACCAAACCCUUGCCCUUGUUUCUCAAGCAAUGAAUAAACUCGAAGUCGGCCAGGUCAGUAUCGCUAAAUUUGGAGAGUCUGUCGACAUGUUGCAUCCCUUCAAGGAAGGCGGCUUCACAGAUGCUGACGGCGCCAAAAUCAUGUCGAGCUUCAAGUUCGACCAACAGAAGACCGAUGUGGCUAGUCUGGUGGAGAGAACUCUGGGAUACUUGAGCGAGGCGAGGAAUGGUGCCGCUAUGAGUGCUACCGCGCCUGACUUGUGGCAAUUGCAAAUCAUCAUCUCUGACGGCGUCUGCCAAGACCACGCACGGCUGAAAAGGCUACUGAGGCGAGCUCUUGAAGAACGGGUCAUGAUUGUCUUUAUUAUUGUCGAUUCUUUGCAUCAAACUACUGCGCCCUCUACAGCUCCUGCUGGCACUGCUUCCGCUUCGCGACCAAGCAUCCUAUCCAUGCAAACGGUCGAGUACAAGAACGUCAAUGGCGAGAUGAAGCUCGAGAUGCAGCGAUACCUCGACACUUUCCCCUUUGAGUUCUACGUGGUGCUCAGGGAUGUCGAGGCGUUGCCCGGAGUGUUAGCUGAUACACUGAGGCAGUGGAUGACAAGAGUGUCUCAAUCUCAGGAAUGAUUAUAUGAGAUAUGAUGUUGAGGGCGUCAGACUGUGUGAAUUAUGAUCUUGGAUUUUGAAUGUUUUCUUCAUUUCCCGGCAGUGGCAUUGCCAUAAUUUGCAUAAUAGAAUCACAAUAAUUAGUUCCCAUAGCAUAAGUUGAUGAAUAGAUAAAUGUAUGUAACAGUUUGGUCUCUUC